GCGGCAUUUACCCUUGCAUUCGUGAGUGGAGCUCUUUCUAUUGUUUCCGUAAUAUUAAUGCUGAUUGUCCCUGAUUCCGCAGCAAACACGGUUGCCUGGAUGUCCAAUAACUCAGAGGGAACAUACAAGCGUAGUGUCGCUCUUGCGAUGGUUAUCAGCUGGGGCAACUUGCAAGGCGCCGUUAGUUCUAACGUCUAUCGUGCAAACCAGACGCCUUGGUACCCAUUAGGCCAUGGACUUGUGCUGAUGUACAUCGGAACUGGUCUCAUCGCUACGGUCACGUUCAGGUUCCUCUUAAAACGGGAGAACGCUCGUCGGGACCGCGGGGAGCGAGAUGAAAUCAUCGAGGGACAUGAGGGAGGCUUUGAAGUCAAUGGUCGGUUCGCAAGCGUUGACGAUGCCAGGAGAGAAAAGGGAGACGAAUGGAGUGGUUAUAGAUACACUCUAUGA